UACACAGUUAAAGAAGAAGAAGUGGUUAGCAAGAGAAAGAUAUCUGGCUAGCGUUGGACAUAUCGGUAACCCCUGAAGUUGAUCAAUCAUGUCAGUGAAAUCGUUUUGUAUUUACAGUACGGGAGUGAUUUCUAUUCUAACUUUAAUAGCAGGCAUAGUUCUGGUGCUUUCGCAGGUGUUUCAAAAUAUCCUCAACGCGAAGAUAAAAAAGGAGAUUGUGCUCAGGAAUGGCACACAUGCAUUUGAUGUGUGGGAAAACCCACCUCCUCCAGUCUACAUUCAGUUCUACUUCUUUAAUGUGACCAACCCGGCAGAGGUACUGAAGGGAGAGCGGCCUGCUGUUCUCGAGGUCGGACCUUACACGUACAGGGAGUUUCGUCCAAUGGAGCGAGUGAAUUUCCUAGAGAAUGGAACCAAAGUGUCAGCUGUCAACACUAAGACCUAUGUGUUUCAGUCUGACAUGUCCAAAGGACCAGAGAGUGACCUGAUCAGAACAGUCAACAUCCCAGCUAUGACGGUGAUGGAAAAAUUCAAGGAUACGUCAGUUAUUGCCAAUAUCAUCUCAUCUUACAUGAAGUCGGUGAAUGAAGACUUGUUCACUACACACACUGUGGGAGAACUGCUUUGGGGCUAUGAGGAUGGCCUUCUCAAAGCUCUGAAAGUAGUGGACCCUACAUUAGAUGAUGUGUUUGGACUCUUCUACAAGCAAAAUGCUACAGAUGACGGAGAGUAUGUGUUUCUGACCGGUCAGCAGAGUUAUAAGGACUUUGCCGUUAUAGAUCAAUGGAAGGGUCAAAGCUCUCUGAAUUGGUGGACCACAGAUGAGUGUAACAUGAUCAAUGGGACCAAUGGGGCCUCCUUUCAUCCAAUCAUCACCAAGAACGAGACCCUCUACAUGUUUUCCUCUGAUCUCUGCAGAUCUAUCUAUGCCAUCUAUGAGGAGGAGAGCAGUGUGAUGGGUGUCCCAGGCUACAGGUUCUCUCCACCCAGCAAGGUAUUUGCCAACACAACAGAGAACGCUGGUUUCUGUUCCCCACCAGGGAACUGUCUGGGCUCUGGCGUGCUCCAAGUCAGUGCCUGCAAACAAGAUGCUCCGAUCGUCAUGUCUUCUCCACACUUCUACCAGGCAGAUGAGAAGUUUGUCAAAGACAUCUUCGGGAUGAAACCAAACAAGAAGCAACACGAGACCAUCAUAGAUAUCAACCCGCUUACAGGCAUCGUACUUCAGGCUGCUAAGAGACUUCAAGUGAAUGUGUUCGUGGAGAAGAUUCCUGUGUUUAGCCAAACAGGUGAUAUCAGGACUCUGGUGUUUCCUGUACUCUAUCUCAAUGAGAGUGUUGUGAUCGAUGAGGUAUCGGCCAAACAGCUGCAGGUGAUCGUGGCGGAGGGCAACAUAGUGGUCAACAUACCCUUUAUGCUGAUUGGCUUAGGAAUCCUCCUGGGCGUGAUCUUCAUGGUGGCCCAGUGUCGUCAACGGAUCCCAGAGGGCUCUUCUGCCGAACGCCAGCCCCUUCUGAAGUCCUAGUGCCACAAGAAGUAGAAUUGGCUCCACCGGAAGUGGUAUCCUGGGAGGACAGGAUUAGGAUUGCCAUCCAUGUUUUGUUAACAAUAUCAAGGGUUCUGACUGUGUAUUAUCUCCACUUUACCAGAUUUAAUCAGCUUCUACCCUGUAACCAUAACCUCACUAUUGACUCUACUGUAAGGCUAGAUCAGGAAGCGGAUUGAGAAUGUUUUUUAAUCUUUGAAAAUGAAUAGUUGAAAUAAUUUCUAAAGUUUGACUUUUUAAUCUGUUUUUUUAUUUUUAUCAAAAAUUGUUUGUUUUUUUUAACAUGAGUUACACGGAAGCUGACUGUACAUUUUAUUUAAUAUUUUUUAUUGCUUUUAAAUGUUGUGUUUUAGGGUCACCCAGAGAGAUGGAACACUGAUAGUAGGGAAUGGGAGAGGAUAGAAGCUCGGGCAGAUUGCCAAGAUCAUGACAGCCAUUGAGAGGCUGUUGAAAAGAAUUGCAAUAUUAUUAUAAUCUAUCGCUGUCAUUAUUAGGAUUCGGAAUGUUGUAAAACUUCAAUUAAUAGCCUGGGUGUUUAUUUGCUUAAAUCACUUAACACAACAGAUGUAUAUUAGAGACAGGCUUCUAUUUGAGCCAGGCGUCUAUUUCCUUAAUGCACACAACUUUUGUUCAUUUCAAUAGUUAAUUGUUUAAUUCCAGAAUUCACUUCCAGCAUUCUAAUCAUUUACAUACUGUCAAGUUUAUUUUCUGUUAGUAUGCCUUUUAUUUAGAAGGGAAAAUAAUGUUUCCUUGACAGAAUAAUGAUUGAAAUGGAAUUUUCACCACUUCUGAUUAUAACUACAUACCUACAUACGUAUAGGGGGAUGUUAUCAACAUUUUAUCAAACAGAUCAGUCGUCGUUCGUCGUUCUGCCCUUGAACAGGCAGUUAACCCACUGUUCCCAGGCCGUAAUUGAAAAUAAGAAUAUGUUCUUAACUGACUUGCCUGGUUAAAUAAAGGUAAAAAAAAAUAAUUAUAAAAAAUCUGUACAUACAUUAGGACAUAUAUAUGCCAUUUAGCAGACGCUUUUAUCCAAAGCGACUUACAGUCAUGUGUGCAUACAUUCUACGUAUGGGUGGUCCCGGGAAUCGAACCGACAUGUAUUUAGUCAGCAGGCAUUGGAAUCCACUGUUAAAUAUAUCAUUGCUAAUUGAUACCGUGUCAAAACAGUACUAAAUAAGAGUAUAGACGCAUGAGAAAAUACUGGAUAUUUGCAUGGCAACAAUGUUCUGCUGCCUGGGCUUGUGAUCACUGAGAGAAGUGGCAAAUCAUAUACUGAUAUUCCUGCUUCGGGAAUCUGCAUUUCAAAACGUUGUUUCCAAUUUCUUUAUUUUUGUGAUGAACCAGUUUCACAACGGACAGGCAUGUGUAUUCUUGUCUAUUUUAGCGUGAUAAAUAAAAGAUAAUAUAUAUAGAUAGAUAUAGAUAAAAGAUUAUCGGUAACAUUCAACUAGCAAUCUACUAACCCUAAACUUUAUCCGAACCCUAAACGUAACCCUUACCCUAAACUUUAUCCUAACCCUAAACGUAACCCUUACCCUAUACUUUAUCCGAACCCUAAACGUAACCCUUACCCUAAACUUUAUCCGAACCCUAAACGUAACCCUUACCCUAAACUCUUAGUCUAAACCUAGUUAGUUAACACUAACCUUAGCAAGCAGUUAUAACCUUAGCAAGCGGUUAUAACCUUAGCAAGCAGUUAUAACCUUAGCAAGCAGCUAUAACCUUAGCAAGCAGUUAUAACCUUAGCAAGCAGUUAUAACCUUAGCAAGCAGUUGCUUAUCAACAGAUGGUAUAUCAACAGGUAGUUUGUUGAUAGUAUGACCAUCUGUGGAGCAUCCAAGUAAUGUUCACAACUCUUAUGUUCCGAUCACUGGUAUGCAUAGUUGCAGACUACUUUUUUCAUAUUCAUUUUUCUGUCCUUCAUCUGAACUAGUAUGAGUUAUAAUUGUUAUUGGACAUGUGUAUUAUUAUUUUGCUCUGUGAGAGAGAGAACCUGCAUGGGGUUUUUCUUGUUGUUGAUUUAAGAAACAAUAAAAUACUUUCACUACCAUGUCACAAAAUUCAAUAAUAUAUUUUAACAUUAGUUACAUUGUGUGUGUGUGUGUAUAUAUACAAAUAAAUAAUUUACAAAUAAAUAAUGGCUCCAUGGCAUUGUCACAGUUUUAAACAUAUCUUCCACAGACAUUAUUUUUUUCUCAUCAAUAAACUGCUUCAUGUUG